CACGUUAAAAAAAAAAAAAAAAAAAAAAUGGAUGCAGAAAUGUAACGAAUCCGGAGGAAUAAGGAAUGGAGCGAUAUAAGAGAUGCAGGAAUAUACGGGAUGCAGAAAUAUAAAAAAAUGUGUUUCUGAUAAGAAUCAUCCGUUACAAAGUGAACGUUCCGUAAAGUUGCAAAAGUUGACUGGAGGCCACUCAGAAUUAAGGAAGAUCCAGAAACUAAUUAAACCAUUUAUUAGACCACUUAGGAUACUUCAAUUCCUAGUGGUACUACUGAUAUUCGCGCUUGUAACUUACACGAUAGCGUUGAGUCCUGAAAAUGUAUCAUCUGUAACAUGUAUUUUACUUAUUGUUCUUUCUGGAGCCUACGUGUUUAUCUUGGCAAUUGAUAUUAUCAGUCAACUUAGUGGAGGAGAAUUGCAAUCAAUUCCGAUGUUCUUCUUCUCCUUUGUUGGUAUGAUACUCUUUGGAGUUACUGGAAUUUUAUUGUUACCAGUUUAUACUGCCAGUGCACUUUGGACCAUAUUAACAGUGUUGUGUCUCUCUCUUAUCAUGUCCGUCCUCUUCAUACUCGACGUCGUCACUGCACUCGUAUUUUGGAAACGAAACUGCGAUGUUUGUAACGAUCCAUAUUGCACUAAUCAAGCCCAGAUAUUGUAUCAAAAAAAAGACCUUUGCCAUCCCGCGUGCACCGAAACGGUCAAGUUCGACUUGAUGACCAGUGUAAGCAGCAUCAAAAUACCAUCUGGAGAUGAGGAAGCAGUUUGUGAUCAUAGUUAUAGAAAAGUUGGAUAUGGACGUCGAAGACAGUACGUGGAUCGUCCAGCUAGUGCUCGAUCAGCGGCCAUGGUCGAGGUUGCUGAUAUUCAAACGGAACCGCGUUCCAUGUGUAAUAGACAGAGUCAGACCCAUCGAGAAAUAAAAGAAAUGCCAGUGCAAACUGUGAGUAAAUGUGAACUGUGCAAUCGUCAAAUACCGAUUUUCUCAACGUCCACGGAUCCGAUGCAUCAAGCAAUGCAACAGGCACCUUGCACAACCUGCCCUGCAAUUAUGCAGCUGAUGCGAGGUGCACCGUGUUGCCCAGGAUGCAGAUGCGUGACAGGAAUAAUUCAAGUGUCACAACAGACUCAACAACAGCAAACACCACGACAAGAAAAAUCCACCGAGCAGAAUCCAGUUAAAGAAACGAAGCACUGGCAACAACCGGUGGACGAGAAAUCCUACGAAAUUGUGACGACUGACCAGGAGGAUCCAAACGUGAAAGGAAAAUCGGGAACCAUCACUAAACUUACUCUUGCAUCCUAUUCUGUUUCAUCGAACCAAACCACUGACAAUUCCUCUCAAACUGCUACAGGGAAAGGUGUAAAAAAUUUAAGGGGUUCUUCCGAUUCGGAGGAGAUAAGGAAAUCAAGAUCAGACUCAGAGAAACACGAUAAUGAAAAAGUGAAAAGCACAUCAAAGAAUUUAAACGAAACUUUAAUACCUGAAAAGGAGAAAGCAAAAUCGACUAACAAUUCAGGGAGAAGAUUAUCAAUAUCCCUUCCUGAGAAACAUCAUGAGCCGACAAAUAUGAAAUCAACCGAGGCAGAGAAUAAAUUAGCUAAAAGUGAUCCAAAGAUCGCGGAAGCUACUGUGGAAAAAUUGACAAGUAAUAAUGAGAAAUCUGCGGAGGAAGCAGUAAUUACUGGUGACGAAGCGGUGGAAGUUGAAUCGAAAAAGAAUUUAUUGCAAAAAGCAAAUUCCGAACCAGGACCUCGGGAAGUGUCGAAAAUGAAUAACAAAAAAGGUGAAAAAAUAUCAAUAAGCCUUCCUGAAACGAAACAAUUGAUCUCUCCGCCGAGGCUGGUGGCAAAAAUGAUAGAUCGUUUGCAAGAAAUCGAAGGGAAUAAACAGGAUACGGCUAUGCCGGCUGCGAGUGAAGUUAUUACGACGGAAAACCCUUCGAUUUUGAAUUCUGCUAAGCCAGAAUCUGAUGGAAAAGUGAAAAAUAUUACGAUUGAACCGAAUUCGACGCGAGGCGUAGCUUUUGAUAGGAGUGCUGAUCAGAAUCGUAAAUCGAAUAUCAAAAGCGAAGACAGUGCAUUGGAAUCGAGUAAUCUUACUGUGGAUAGUAGUAAGAUAUUGUCUUCUACAAAAGUAUCCAGGGACAGUUCUGCUUCGUAUGGGUACUCUGAGAACCAGUUAUUAAAACCACGUAAUGAUAAACAGAAGUUAAAUAAAGUGGAACAAUCCUCAGAUUCUAUAAUAAUACCUAAUCCUCAAACGGGAACGCAAACGACCGACGCAGAGAUAGCAUCAUCGUCCAGCAGAUACAAAAGGACUUACGUUUUCCCAAAGAAGAACAAAGUAGAACCAGCCGAAGUGACACAUACUGAUAUCGAUGUUCAAACGGGUUACGAAGCUCAAUCUGAGAAAACAGCCGAACGUUACAACAGAAAAGUUUGGGUAUCUGUUCUGCCUGUAAGAGAGUCCAGCUACCUACCACGGCAGGUUCUUUUAAUUAUUAUAGUGUUUAUAAGGACAAACGUGGACGAUAUUAUUGUGAAUUCUGUGCUAAUCCGAACUCGAUUAAAGUAUUGUAUAAAGAUGGUAAUGAGCCGAAACGUUUAAAAUGUGCCGGCUGUGGAAACAUUAUACGCUCGAAACACAGUUAUAAUCUGCGAGAUGAACUUGUAAGACCAACAUUCAUUUUAAGACACUUUUAAUUUUGUUACUGAUAAUAAACUUUACCUUUGCAGAAAUCUCGAAAUAAGCAUGAUAAUUGCCCAAAAUGUGGGCAAUCGCAAGUACAAGUAUCUUCAGUGUCAUAUUAAAUUGAAAUAAUAGUAUCUUGCUAUAGAUACACUUAAUAUAGA